GUAUGUCACCCACCUGAUGAAGCGAAUCCAGAGGGGCCCUGUCCGCGGCAUCUCCAUCAAACUGCAGGAGGAGGAGAGGGAGAGGAGGGACAACUAUGUCCCCGAGGUCUCUGCCCUUGACCAGGAGAUCAUUGAAGUGGACCCGGACACCAAGGAAAUGCUGAAGCUCCUGGAUUUUGGCAGCCUGUCCAACCUGCAGGUGACACAGCCUACAGUGGGAAUGAACUUCAAGACGCCCCGGGGAGCGCUCUGAGUCUGUCCCUGUGUGUCGCUUUUCCAAUAAACGUGAGGAAACCA